UGGACAGCCGCCGCCAUGUGGCGUUCGUUGGUGCUGCUGCCUCUGCUCUGUGCGAUCACCGCCCCUGCUUCCGCCUUCGCGCCAUCGAAGGUCCUCGCGCCUUCUGCUCUCGCUCCUUCCCUCCGCCUGUCUGCCUGCCCUCGCUUUGGCGUCUCCAACAAGGGUCGGCUUGCAGUGUCUGGCAGGAGCAGAGCAUGCUCAGUAGGUUUGCGAGUGGCGAUGGCGAACCAGGGACCAUCCACGCUGUUCGACAAGAUCUGGGCAGACCAUCUGGUGGAUGAGUCUGAUGGCUCCUCCCUUAUCUACAUCGAUCGUCACCUGGUUCAUGAGGUGACUUCCCCUCAGGCCUUCGAGGGUCUGCGAGUGGCAGGCAGGCAGGUCAGACAACCAGGUUGCACCCUCGCCACGGUCGAUCACAACGUGCCGACAACAGAUCGCAGCAUGUUCCAGUCCGUGGAGACCUUCAUCAAGGAGAUGGACAGCCGCACUCAGGUCCUCGCGCUCGAGCAGAACGUCAAGGAGUUCGGGCUAGCAUACUUCGGCAUGGAUGACAAGCGGCAAGGCAUCGUGCAUAUCAUCGGGCCCGAGCAGGGCUUCACGCUUCCUGGAAGCACUGUUGUCUGUGGCGACAGCCACACGGCCACGCACGGAGCGUUCGGAGCUCUUGCGUUUGGUAUCGGCACUUCCGAGGUGGAGCAUGUGCUCGCAACGCAGACCCUGCCGCAGAAGAGACCGAAGAACAUGAAGAUCGAGGUGAAGGGGGAGCUUGGAGCAGGGGUGUCGUCCAAGGACAUCAUCCUCCAUGUCAUCGGCGUCAUCGGCACUGCAGGUGGCACCGGCCAUGUCAUCGAAUUCUGUGGCUCAGCCAUCGAGAAGUUGUCUAUGGAGGCCAGGAUGUCCAUCUGCAACAUGGCCAUCGAAGCAGGAGCACGUGCGGGUAUGAUUGCGCCGGACGAGACAACGUUCGAGUACCUCAAGGGAAGGCCGCUGGCUCCCAAGGGAGCUGAGUGGGACAAGGCCGUGGCUUACUGGAAGACGCUCAAGUCGGAUUCUGGCGCCAAGUACGACACAGAAGUAGUGAUCGAUGCCAAAGACAUCCAGCCCACUGUGACUUGGGGCACCUCUCCUCAAGACACAGCGCCCAUCACUGGUUAUGUUCCUGAUCCUGCCAAGGAAUCGGAUCCGUUGAGAAGGGCGAGCAUGGAACGUGCACUUAAGUACAUGGGGCUCGAGCCCAACCAGAAGCUCGACGAAGUUAAGAUUGAGAAAGUUUUCAUCGGCUCUUGUACAAACGGAAGGAUCCAGGACAUUCGUGAGGUCGCAGCUGUUGCGAAGGGACGAAAGGUGGCGCCUGGCGUGCAUGCUAUGGUUGUGCCUGGUUCUGGUCUUGUUAAGGAGCAGGCUAUUCGUGAAGGACUUGACAAGAUCUUGAUCGAGGCUGGCUUCGAUUGGAGAGAGCCCGGCUGCAGCAUGUGCCUUGCCAUGAACCCUGACAAGCUUCAACCUGGCGAGAGGUGUGCUUCCACUUCGAACAGAAACUUCGAGGGACGUCAAGGGCAAGGAGGCCGAACUCAUCUCGUUUCUCCCGUCAUGGCUGCUGCUGCUGCGAUCGAGGGCAAGCUCACAGACAUCCGAAAGUUUGGAGACCUCAAGAUCCCCACACCGUCGGAGGAGACACUUCCCAAGAGCGAGGUGACUCGCCCUGCUCCUAGGUCUCCCUCACCAGUUCACCUCAAGUACGCGCCCGGUACUGCAGCUCCGAUGGAUAUCCAGAACGUCGACACAGACAUGAUCAUCCCCAAGCAGUUCCUGAAGACAAUUAAGAGGACGGGGCUUGGCGUGAGCGCUUUCUACGAGAUGAGAUACGAUGCAAAUGGGAAGGAGAAUCCAGAGUUCGUGCUGAACAAGGCUCCCUACAAGCAGGCCAAGAUCCUCGUUGCCGGCAACAACUUUGGAUGCGGAUCCUCUCGUGAGCAUGCUCCUUGGGCCAUCUCUGACUUCGGCAUUCGCUGCAUCAUCGCAAGCGGCUUUGCGGACAUCUUCUUUAACAAUUGCUUCAAGAAUGGUAUGCUUCCGAUCGUCCUCCCCGAGGCUCAGGUCCGAGUGCUCAUGAAGGAUGCGGAAGAGGCGAAGGAACUUGAGGUCGACCUGCCCAACCAGAAGAUCGUGCGAGCCAAUGGGGAGAGCAUCAGCUUUGAGGUGGACUCGUUCCGCAAGCACUGCCUUGUCGAGGGCCUCGACGACAUCGGCCUGACCCUCCAGAAGGCAGACAAGAUCGCCAAGUUCGAGGAGAUGAGGGACAACAAGUUCUCCUUCUUGCGAGGUAUCGAGCUUGCCAAGGUUUGAAGCAAGCGAGAAGAGCAUGCAGAUUAGUCACAAAGUUCUACGAGAGUGGAACGAUGAUCAAGCCGUGAGAAACCUUGUAGUCUUUCCUAUAUAGAUUAGAAGAUUAAGAGUAUGUCUCACGCCUCUCUCGUCGAUUGAGGUGAUUCGAUCUUUGCCAAAAUAGUUCCCAUCAAAACAAGUACUAGGGAAUCAAAAUUGUUUGCGCUC